AUGAAUUUAACAAUUAAAGAAGAAGAUUUUACCAACACCUUCAUGAAAAAUGAAGAAUCAUUUAAGACGUUUAGAGUAACUAAAGUAAAAAGAUGGAAUGCUAAAAGAUUAUUUAAAAUAUUAUUUGUGACGGUUUUCCUAGUUUUGACAGGAGCUUUUUCUUAUUAUAUUUUUGAAAAUGUGGUUUUUCAAAAGAACCGAAAGAUUAAUCACAUAAUUAAGACUUCAAAAUAUUCAACAGUAGGAUUUAAUAUUGAAAAUUCUUAUGAUAGGCUUAUGAAAACAAUUAAAGAGAAUAAAUUAAAAAAUUACAUAAAAGAAUCAGUAAAACUUUUUAAUAAAGGAUUAACAAAAAAAAGUUAUUUAGGUAGUGAGUUUGAUAAUGUGGAAUUAAAAGAUUUAGCAAAUAAAUUAUCUUUUGGAGAAGCAAAGUUUGGAGAUAAUGGUCAAAAAUUUAAUUUCUUAUUCCAUACAGCAUCAUCUAAUGUAUGGGUACCCAGUAUAAAAUGUACUUCAGAGUCUUGUGAAAGUAAAAAUCAUUAUGAUUCAUCUAAAUCAAAAACAUAUGAAAAAGAUGAUACGCCUGUUAAAUUGACAAGUAAAGCUGGUACUAUAAGUGGAAUAUUUAGUAAAGAUUUAGUAACUAUUGGUAAAUUAUCGGUACCUUAUAAAUUUAUUGAAAUGACUGAAAUUGUUGGAUUUGAGCCUUUCUAUUCUGAAUCAGACGUUGAUGGUGUUUUCGGUUUAGGAUGGAAAGAUUUAUCCAUAGGUUCUAUAGAUCCAUAUGUUGUAGAAUUAAAAACACAAAAUAAAAUUGAACAAGCCGUUUAUUCCAUUUAUUUACCACCAGAAGACAAAAAUAAAGGUUAUUUAACCAUAGGAGGUAUUGAAGAAAGAUUCUUUAAUGGACCAUUGAACUAUGAAAAAUUAAAUCACGAUUUAAUGUGGCAAGUUGAUUUAGAUGUACAUUUUGGUAAUGUAUCUUCCAAAAAAGCAAAUGUUAUUUUAGAUAGUGCCACCAGUGCUAUAACUGUACCAACAGAAUUUUUUAAUCAAUUCGUAGAAUCUGCAAGUGUUUUCAAAGUUCCAUUCUUAUCUUUGUAUGUAACUACUUGUGGUAACACAAAAUUACCAACACUUGAAUACCGUUCACCAAAUAAAGUAUAUACUUUAGAACCUAAACAAUACCUUGAACCAUUAGAAAAUAUAUUUUCAGCAUUAUGUAUGCUUAACAUUAUACCUAUUGAUUUAGAAAAAAAUACCUUUGUUUUAGGUGACCCAUUUAUGAGAAAAUAUUUUACCGUUUAUGAUUACGAUAAUCACACUGUUGGAUUUGCUUUAGCCAAAAAUUUGUAA